AUGGGAGACCCGCGGGGCGGGGAUCGGUCGGUGUCUUGCGGGGCGGUGGGGCCUGCCCGGGGUGAUGUGCGCCCCGCCGAGGGGAGCGGGGCCGGUGCUGCGGGCCGGGCCGGGCCGGUGGGGCGGAGCAGAGACUCUGCCCCAAAGUCGGGGUUGCUCUCCAGACCCUUUGUUAGUGAAGUGAGCAGCGUUUCGAGUGCACUCGGCAAAGCCCCGCGCAGUGUCCUGCUGCAGUGUGAAGGUGGUGCCGGUCGGGGAUCGGGGUGACGCGGAGCUUUUCUAGCAUGCUGACUGAAAAUGAGUAAAGACAAGCAAGCUGAUGAAGAUGAUGAUGACAACGAGCUGUUCGAAGACUUCACAGAGCAUUUUAACCAACUUGAACUGCUAGAGACGCACAGGCAUUUGAUUCCUGUAGGAACUCAGAGCUGUUGGUCAGGACAGUCUGAUGAUGACGAUGAUGAGCAAGAAAGAACGGAGGAAUGGUACGAAAUGCAAGAAAAGAAAAUGGAAAAACAUCCAGAGAAAUUGCUGCUCUGGGCAGCUGAAAACAAUCGGCUGAGUACCGUGAGGAGGCUCCUGACGGAAAAGCUGGCUCCAGUGAACGCUCGGGAUGAAGAUCAGUACACUCCUCUCCACCGAGCCGCCUACAGCGGGCACUUGGAUGUUGCACACGAGCUGGUGGCCCAAGGCGCCGACGUUCACGCGCAGACCGUGGACGGCUGGACACCCCUGCACAGCGCCUGCAAGUGGAACAACACCCAGGUGGCUGCGUUCCUGCUUCAGCAGGGCGCUGACAUCAACGCGCAGACCAAUGGCCUGCUGACACCCCUGCACAUCGCUGCAGGGAACAAAAACAGCAGGGAAACCCUUGAGCUCCUGCUGAUGAAUCGCUACGUGAAGGCAGACUUGAAGAACAACUUGGAUGAAACUGCCCUUGACAUUGCAAGGAGGACUGAUAUAUAUCACUACCUUUUUGAGAUAGUAGAAGACUGCAUAAAUGCUGUGUCCCCAUAAGAGCUUGUGAAUGUGAGGUUUUCUGCCUCUUUCUUGUUCAUGUUCUGCAUGCCCAUCGGUGGUGGUCUGUGUCUUUGCAAUGAGGUUUUAAUAUAAGAUACUUCAGUAUUCUCCUCAGGCAAAAAUGUCACUUCCUGCAGUGCAACUCGGUGGUCACGCUUGUUCUUUGAAGCGCUACUGCUGUUAGUCAAGGUAGUCAGAAAGUCUCAGUAAUUUCUGUGAGUUUCUGUUUAAUUAGUGCAGAUUUGGAGAGGCCUUUGUAAGUUGUCUGUAGUGUCAAAGCAGGAGGGAAAACUGGAAUAUUUACUUGAUGUGAAAAAAUUCUGGCUUGGUUAUGCAGAGUUUAUUAUAGCUCACUUGAAAAUUAUUUUUUGAGAAAUUUUAACUUUUUUAAAACUGCAUGAAAGCUCAGAAUGAAUGUAACUUAUUUGGGUGAUACACAAAAUGUUUAAUGAACCUAAUGUAAGGCUUAUUAUAAAAUAAAAUAUCUAACCCAAA